CGUGAGCCGGACGUGACGUCAUUAACAGCCCAGCAAUAAAUAAAUAUAAACCGGAAAUGAUGGUGUUGGCUUGGCGGUUUGUUAUGUGCAUCCCGUAAUUGAGUCCGACAAGCAAUAAUAAUUUAGCACAUACCCUACCCGUAUUACCGGUGGAACCAGUUGACGUGUGUCGUUGUUCCUGUCUUAGCUGCUACAGCAGAUUAUUUUGAUGUAGAUUAGCUCCACAGACGUGUCGUGUGUAACAAUAUCGAGUAGACGUCGAGUAUUGGUCGGCUAACGGAACGUUGUCUGCAUUGCAUACACAAGAUAGCCGACGCCAACGUCCAGGCUUCUCUUUUAUCGAGCACACCAGGAGGGAAAAAAGAAGAGAUGACGACAGAGAAAACAACGAAGUAUUUGUAUUCGUAGAAUUGUCCUUCAGUGUCUUCUGUUACGAUCGUUCCUGUCGCGUAAAUGAAUUUCCUGCGUAAUCGUGUGGUGGUUCUGGGCCUGGUGUUGCUGGCCACUGUCCUGCUGUACCUGCUGCUGCCGUCCAUACGUCAGGGCAUCAUGGAGCCAUCCCCCGACGCACAAAAACCUGUCUUCUUGGCCACUUCUCCCCCUGCGCUUCCCAACCUCAAUGUGUCAGUUCACACCGGACAGCUUCCUGGAGACCCGCCACUCUUCUUCCGAGAAGCUUUACCCCUGGACUCGGCUGGACGCCAGAUACUGCCCAGGUUACAAGUAGUACUUCUGCAUGGGCAGGCUUUCACCUCUAAAACCUGGGAAGAUCUUGGCACCAUGGCCCUGCUCGCAAGUAAUGGAUAUCAUGCUUUAGCCAUGGACCUGCCAGGUUAUGGCAAGUCUCCCGGCUCGGAGGCUCUAAAAAAUGACCAGAACCGAGUGGGCCUGCUCUCCAGGUUCAUGGAAUCUCUGGGCGUGAGGUCAGCGGUGCUAGUGAGUCCCUCCAUGAGCGGACAUUACUCCAUCCCUUUCCUCAUGAAGAACAGCGCACAGCUGCGUGGCUUCGUUCCCAUCGCGCCUGUUGGUACGCGCAGUUACACACCACAGGAGUACCAGAAUAUUCAGACGCCGACACUCAUCGUGUUUGGGGCCCUGGACACUAAUCUGGGCGCCCAGUCUCACAAGAACCUGGCCCAGCUCCCACAUUACUCCGUGCUCAAGCUGGACGAAGCUCGUCACGCGUGCUACAUGGAUAAACCGCGAGCGUUUCACCAAGGACUCAUCGACUUCCUCAGCAAGCUUAAGUGAGACAGAAAGAAAAUAUGAUGGGUUUUUUCUGCCUGGUCAGCUUGUUAGAAAGAAUACAAAGUACCAGUAGAGUGAAAAAACAAGUUGCCUCUAUUUUGAAGCUAAAAUCAUAAAUAUUUGAUUUAUGACAGCAAAAGACUUACAAAGUUUGCGAGUAAAUAGAUAUGAUCAAAAUAGUAUAAAUCUCAUGGAGAUUCCCAAGCCAUUUUGAGAGUUAGUGAGCUAGCCAGUCACGUGAUCCGUGACGUUGCGGUGGAAACCACAGAUCCCUUUCCCAUCAACAACAAUACUGAUCAAGCAGACUUUGUGAGAGCCAACAACAAUUAUUUUGGGACAAAUGACGAUCCAGAACCUUAUAUUUUUGAGCCCGAACACAAGAAGGAUGAGCAAAAAGUUUUAAAAGCCGAGUGCUAAACUGAUGCAGCUUUAUUGAAACACUAUCGUAUCAGCUGGUAUUGCUAGGUGCUAAACAUAAAAACUAACCAUAAUAAAAUAAACACUUACUGUACAAUUUCCACUCUCGCUUGGAUGCCGACCGACAGGACGCUCGCUCACAUAAUCUCCUUUUUAUGAAGUUUUAACCGCAAUUCUUACGAAGGGUUAAAAAAAAAGUUGCCGCAACUACACCUUUUUAGACAUCUUGGGGGAUUUGAAAUUAAACCAGUCCCUCGGUCCGUGGCCACAUUUGUCUACUAUCAGGUGAGAGAUGCAUUAAUUAUAAUCUAGAAUUAACUUUCAGCAUGUUUGAGACAAUGCAAAAGCAGCUGCCGGCUUAGUGUAUCAACAAUAGCAGCGUAAGCUAGCAUUAACUCACUGCUAACAAUUCCCCGCUAAAAUAGGCCGUCUGUGUUAGCGCUUAUAAUAACAAUAUCACUCAUAUUUGUUUAAUAUCCAGGUCAUGACAUGUAAAUGGAAUAUUGUUGGUGGUUUCUGGAUGUUUUUAGAGGGUAUAAUGGGCGUUGUUGACUCAAUUGUUGGCUAUUUAUUCAAGAUUUUGAGUGCAAAAAAAAAAGCCAACCAUAUAUGUUCUUGUCUUGCAUAAGGAUUGUGAAUGAUAAACAGCACAUCUCUCUCCAAUUUGUGUGUAUCUCCAGUAUGACUGAUCUGAUAACAUUGUCAGAGUGCAGAAGCGUUACUCCAGUGACGAAGGAUCUACAGAAAUUGCCAAAGACAUUCAGAGGAAAAUAUUCAAAAUGGCCGUCUGAAAUUGGGGCAUUUUGUGAUGUUUCAAUGGUAUUUUCACAUACUUUGCAGAUUGUAAAUACAAUUGGAUAUGGUUUAAUGGGUACAAAGAAACACAAUUAAAUAUAAAGUCAACUUGUUUUUCCACUCUACUGGUACUUUAAAGAUUCCCACCUCAUUUUUAUUUAUUCAUAUCCAUCAUAUGUGCAAUAAGCCUCCACUUGUAAAGUCAGAUAAGGGUUAUUUCAUGCUUCUUUGCAUGCAAAAACAAACAAAAAAAAAGCAUUACAUUUUGUGUCAGUGUUGCCUUUUUGUAGGUGGGUGGGGGGUAAAUAUGCAAAUGUAGCAGCAGCAGUAGAUGCAUGUGUGUGUUUGGGAAAGCUUCCGGUCACUUCUCAUUCCAGCUAAAAAAAAAAACAAAGCUCACUCUCUUCAACAUGGGAGGAAAGUAUUGUAAACAUUUGAAAGCGAAACCUGUUUAUUUAUAUGAUAAUAAAGUAUAUAAGUCUAAUA